AUGAAGACAACCACAACCACAUCCGCCGCAACAGCAGCGCAAACAACACCCAAUGGAGAAACAACCCCAAUCGCAACACUCGUCCCCGUCCUCGCCAUCCUCGACAGCUUCAACCACCGCAACAAGAACCAGCACCGCGUAGCCCGCUGGUGGUCCGCCUUUGACCUCCUCCGCCGCGCCGUCCGCCGCCUGCACGACGCCCUCGAAGCCCAGGCCCGUCACCGGCGCGCCCUCAGCUUCAAGUCAAAGUCCUCUUCUUCGUCCUCCUCGAAGAAGUCUGCCGCAGCUGCUGGGGGUAAGCCCACCGGCAGCGCUGAACGUCGUCAGAAUACGCUGGACGAAGAUAUCGCUGCUAGGGUGCGGAUGCUGCUCGAUUCCACCAUCCCCUCGUCCUUCUCAGCCUUUACACAACUAGCAGCAGACAACCAACACGCCGCCCUAGGCCUGGUCCUCCUAGGUCUCCUAGCACGCAUCAACUCAGCCGUCACACUCCUAGCUCCUACUCCUGCUCCUGCUCCUCGGGAAAAGGCCACACCAGCAGGCAAUGUCACUACUACCUCUUUAUCAUCUUCAGCAACCAAAAGUGCUGCUGCAGUCGCCGUGGCAGAUGAGAGGCAUCACCAGCAGCAGCAACAACAAUCCGAUUCAAAGGGUCUCGGAGUGGCCAUCUCUCGGGACCAACUCAAGCUUGCUGCGAAACCUUUAGAUCACCACCCAUCAUCAUCACGAAAUAUCGAUGAAACAUCACCCGCCAUCCCUCAAAAGAAACGAAAGUUGGCGAAUGUGCCUCCUCUUGAGACUAAAUCUAGCAAGCCAGCAAAGGAGGAAAAGCCAGUAAAGAAGAAGAAAAAGGCAAAAAAGACGGAUGACUUUUCCGAUUUAUUCAGUUCCCUCAUGUAG